AUGUAGCAGAUAGUUCCUGAGGAAUAAUUAUCCGACCAACAGAUGAUCAAUGUCAUUUAAUAUUGUAAGGUGGAUUAAUUUAAUAGUGCCAAGAAAACUAAAUGACUCAGACCAACCCAAAUAUAUAAACAUUUAGAACUAAUCAAAUCAAUGUUUACAAGAGUCUACGCAAUAGAUCUGUCUUCAAAUUGGCAUUCUCGCUUUUGGAAUUGUUUCUAUAUUUUUUGGCCUUGUGUUUAUUGCCAAAGCCUUGUGCAAAUACAACUUUGAGUGAAUUUUUCAUUUUGGCUAUAAUUGUAAAUACAAUUGUACUUUUUAAAAAUCAAAAUAGGAAGCCUUUCGAAUCUUAUACCUCUUAUUGAUAAUCUAUAACGAUUUGAUUGAAGUAUAUCAGAGUGAAGGUGAGAAUCGAUUACCCUAUCCUGAAUUUUCGUUUGCUAAUACUAAAUAUUUGAUAGAUGCUAUAUCGGAUUAUCAUAGUUCAUACAAGUUUAUAAAAUAUUUGAUGAUUGUGUAUUAAUGUGUCCAUGAUUUGGUAGAUUGAACAUAGUUGUAUUUAUGUUUGGAUAGGUGUAAAUUUAUAGGAACUUGUAUGGGGAAUGCGAAAUAGGAGAGCCUGAAUUUAAUUUCACUUGGGGCGUGGCAUUGACCUUUCUGAUACUGAAAUAUAUAACGAUAGGGAUUCCCACGUUGAUAGUGGUGAUUUACCUCUUGGUGCUACCCUUUGCUUAUUGUAUAAAUUUGAGCAAUCUUCAAAAAAGGAAUACAGGGGCCAGUCCAGAAAAUCUGAAUAAAUUGAAGAUUGAAAUGGUGGGACAGGAACGAAUAAGCGAGGAUAAUGAGUGUGUAAUAUGUCUAUAGGAAUUCGUUGGAGGGGAGGAGUUUGUCAGAUUGGGCUGUCAUGAAUUUCAUGUUUUUCAUAAGGCUUGCAUUUCUGACUGGCUCAAGGCUCGAUCAGAAUGUCCGAAGUGUAGAUAAGCUGUAAGAUUUAACUGA